CUCGCGCGCUCAACAUCGCGCCCGCAUAUCGCAGUAAACGUAACGUACCGUCAGAGUAUCUAGCGCGUAAGGACUCCAACUUUUGAAAGGAUACAUCCACAUAGCCAUGGCUAAAAUUAUAAUCAGUGCUCUAGUGUGUUUGGCCAUGUUUGGCUCCUUGGCUCUUGGCUCGCCCGAAUGCCCCACACCCAACGGCCGCUUUGCCUCCGGCGACCAAUGUGAUGCCUACACCGAGUGCCAGGACGAUGUGCCCAUUCCCAAGCUCUGUCCCGACGGUCUGCUCUUCCAUCAGCGCACCAAGUCCACCGGCGAGUGCACCUAUGCGCCCUACUCCAGCUGCAAGGAGCGCGCACGCCUGCAGCCCGCCAACGGCACCGAUGAGUGUCCUCGCCAGUUCGGCUUCUAUCCCAAUGGCGAUGACACCAAGUGUGGAGUUUACCGAAACUGCGCCCAUGGAGUGGCCAGUCUGACCAAAUGCCCCGAGGGUCUGGCCUUCAAUGAAGAGAGCUAUCAGUGCGACUGGCCCGAUCUAGUCCCCGCCUGCAACGCCGAGGCCUAUCUCGGCUUCAACUGCCCCGCCCCCGAGCCCGUCGAUGGCAUUGCUCCCGAGGUGGAUGUCAGUCCGGAGGGCGAACUCCGCUACUAUCGCCAUCCCCAGACCUGCAAGAAGUACUUCGUCUGCGUCAACGGACAUCCCCGUCUCUACAACUGCGGCAAGUAUUUGGCCUUCAAUGCCCAGAGCAAGCUCUGCGACUUCUACAACCGGGUACCCGAGUGCUACGAGCUCCUCAAGGCGAAGCAGAAGGCAAAGGCCGAGCGACAGACUCCAUCAGCCGCAGCUCGACAGCCCUCAGAGUAGGGCACUGGAGCUAUCGCCGAUCUAUGUUCAAUUAGAAGUAGUUGUAAAUAGCAUAUGAUUCGAUAUAUGUACAUAUGUACUAUAAGCUUGCACUUGUGUGUAGUUUUUUUAACAUUAAAUAAACGCAUUC